CUCUUCGUGUUGUCCUAACAAUGGCUCGAGGUUCAUCUCAGUCCCAAGCGUCGUCGUCGUCCUCUGCGACUGCGCGCCCCGGCGUCAUGGCUCCGCGGGGCUCGGCCGCCGCGACGGCUGGAAUGCGUCGCCGUCGUGUGGGAGGCUCCACCGGCUCCGGAAGCAUCGGCGGAGGAGGAGGCGGAUCAGGUGCCGGAAACAACAUGCUGAGGUUCUACACGGACGACGCUCCUGGCUUGAAGAUCACCCCGACUGUUGUCCUCGUCAUGAGUCUCUGCUUCAUAGGCUUCGUCACGGCUCUUCAUGUGUUUGGCAAGCUGUACCUCCACCGAUCUGGUGGCGGAGCUUGAGUUCUGAGUCCUGGUUCGGAUCGGGUUCGGAUUCGGAGCUUAAUCGGUAAUUCAAUGACACGAAUGCUUUGUUUUCGCUUUGCUCUGUAAAUUUUCGCAGAGUUGAUGUUGUUAGGGUUUCAAUUUUGUUUAAAGUUUGGAUCUGUUGACUCUUGGAUUGUGUUUGGAUCAAAAUCGAGUAAUAUUUAUCCCUUCGUUAUUUUGCUCUCUAA